GACAACCACAGGAGAAAGUAUUACUACAACUUCCCAUCUAAUACAGUAGACAGCAGUACUACACCUUCACCAUCUAAUACAGUAGACAGAAGUAUUACACCUUCAACAUCUAAUACAGUAGACAGCAGUACUACACCUUCAGAAUCUAACACAGUAGACAGCAAUACUCCACCUUCACCAGAAGAUGGUAGUACAAUAACAGAAGUCACAACGUCCACUCCUCUUGGUGAGUGUAUGAUGAUAACCAAGUAUUCUAUCCUGUAGAAAAAAACAAUGUAUACAGAACAAAAAUAUAAACGCAGCAUGUAAAGUGUUGGUCCCAUGUUUCAUGAGCUGAAAUAAUGGAUCCCAGAAAAUGUUCAUGCACACAAAAAGCUUAUUUCUCUCAAAUUGUGUGCACAAAUUUGUUUACAUCCCUGUUAGUGAGCAUUUCUCCUUUGCUAAGAUAAUCCAUCCACCUGACAGGUGUGGCAUAUCAAGAAGCUGAUUAAACAGAAUGAUCAUUAUACAGGUGCACCUUGUGCUGGGGACAAUAAAAGGCUAUUCUAAAAUGUGCAGUUUUGUCUCACAACACCAUGCCACAGAUCUCUAAAGUUUUGAAGGAGCGUGCAAUUGGCAUGAAGGAAUGUCCACCAGAGCUGUAUAAUUGUUUUCUUAUAUAACUAGGAAAGUGAGUUAAGAACGAAUUCUUAAUUUCAAUGCCGGCCUACCCCGGGCCAAUUGCGCGCCACCCUAAGGGACUCCCAAUCACAGCAGGGUUGUGAUACAGCCCGGAAUUGAACCAGGGUCUGUAGUAACACCUCUAGCACUGAGAUGCAGUGCCUUAGACCGCUGCGCCACUCGGGAGCCCUGUAGCUUGAGAACUGAAUGUUAAUUUCUCUACCAUAAGCCACCUCCAACGUUGUUUAAUAGAACUUGGCAGUACGUCCAACCGGCCUCACAACCGCAUACCACGUGUACCCACGCCAAUCCAGGACUUCCACAUACGGCAUACAUCUGCAUGAUCAUCGUCCUCACCAGGAUCUUGACAUGACUGCAGUUAGGCAGUGUAACCAACUUCAGUGGGUAAAUACUCACCUUCGAUGGCCACUGGCACGCUGGAGAAGUGUGCUCUUCAUGGAUGAAUCCCGGUUUAAACUUUACCAGGCAGAUGGCAGACAGUGUGUAUGGCAUCGUGUGGGUGAGCGGUUUGCUGAUGUCAACGUUGUAAACAAAGUGCCCCAUGGUGGCAGUGGGGUUAUGGUAUGGGCAGGCAUAAACUACAGACAACGAACACAAUUGCAUUUUAUCAAUGGCAAUUUGAAUUCACAGAGAUACCGUGACGAGAUCCUGUGGCCUAUUGUCGUGCCAUUCAUCCGCCGCCAUCACCUCAUUUUUCAGCAUGAAAAUGCACGGCCGCAUGUGGCAAGGAUCUGUACACAAUUCCUGGAAGCUGAAAAUGUCCCACCCGACAUGUCACCCAUUGAGCAUGUUUGGGAUGCUCUGGAUCGACGUAUACGACAGCGUGUUCCAGUUCCCGCCAAUUUCCAGCAACUUCUCACAGCCAUUGAAGAGGAGUGGGACAACAUUCCACAGGCCACAAUCAACAGGCUGAUCAACUCUAUGCAAAGGAGAUGUGCUUCCGAGUGGUGCAGCGGUCUAAGGCACUGCAUCUCAGUGCUUGAGGUGUCACUACAGACCCUCUGGUUCGAUUCCAGGCUGUAUCACAACCGGCCGUGAUUGGGAGUCCCAUAGGGCGGGGCACAAUUGGCCCAGCGUUGUCCGGGUUUGGCCGGUGUAGGCCGUCGUUGUAAAUAAGAAUUUGUUCUUAACUGACUUGCCUAGUUAAAUAAAAAUAAAUACAAAAUGUGUUGCGCUGCAUGAGGCAAAUGGUGGUCACACCAGAUACUGACUGGUUUUCUGAUCCAUACCCCAACCUUUUAAGGUAUCUGUGACCAACAGAUACAUACCAGUCAUGUGAAAUCCAUAGAUUAGGGCCUGAUGAAUGUAUUUCAAUUGACUGAUUUCCUUAUAUGGACUGUAACUCAGUAAAGUCUUUGAAAUUGUUGCAUAUUGCGUUUAUUUUUGUUCAGUGUAGUUUAACAUUUGAUCCAGGAUAAGAACCAGUUUCGACAAAGAAUGCCACAUCUGUAAAUAGUGCUCACUUACUAAUAUCACUUUUCACAUUUUCCACUUUUCACAACAGAUGAGUCACAGGAGGCGGCAAUACUACACCAUCACCGCUAGAGAGCAGCACAUUCACAAAAGUCACAGCCUCCACUAUGGGUGAGUAUCUGAACGGUCAAUCACACCUCUAAUCACACCUUUCCCCUAGUUGUAUGCACCAAGAAUGAAUGCAGCAAAUGACAAAUUGUUUAUCAUAUACAUGGAUUAUUUUAGCCCUUAGAUCAACAUGGACUCAUCAAGCAACACAUACCAUCCCUGCUGUGUCUAACGCGAUACAUACCAUUACCAGUCAGCAGUCAAGUCAUUUUGAUCACAACCAUUGUCUCCAAGGAAACAACUGAGACAGACCAUAAGAACAUCAUAACCUCUUACAAAGGUAGGCUAUAGUCCCCACUGCCAAGUUGCUCAAGAAUUACAUUAUUGAUUUUGUAUAGGCCACAGUUUACUGUCCAGUAUUGGUAGGAUCAUCAUCAAAAAACUGAUCAUUGUGAUAUUUUUUUCUCACAGAUACCCAAACUGUGAUGGCCCAUUUGAGGGUCUCUAUUGUUUCAGCUGGGGAGAGAAGUGAGGAGGAGAUCAUUGAGGCGUUGCACAAUGUAAGUGAAGCUUACAAUCAUCAACUCUUACACGACUUCAUGAUUCAAUAAAACAUUAGAAAUCACUACAUAACCGGUAUAAACCAUAAAUAGUCUAUAUUAAAUCAACCUGUUGGGACACCAGGAAGGAAAGCCUUUAUUUAUUACAUGAUACUGCUCUUCCUCUCCUCCUAGCUUGCAGCCCAGGUCCAAGCCUUUCUACAGGGGGAGUACUGUAAAGAC